CUCUUUCUUUGAUAUUCUUCGCAAUUAAGAUUAGAGCGAGAGAGAAAUACUUGGCGAUGGAGUUAUUCAACAACAAGCUAGAUUUGUUUGUUACAGUGGUAGUGAGUGUUUAUGUUUGUGGUUUGUUGUAUUGGUUGAUGAAGAACGCAAAUGAAUUGUAUUACUGUUUGGGGAAGAAGAAUUUGCCUCCAGGAGACAUGGGAUGGCCUCUCAUUGGAAACACCUUGUCCUUCUCAAGGGCCUUCAAAUCUGCUAAUCCUGAAACCUUCCUCAACAACUUGGUUUCAAGGUAUGGAAGAACGGGCAUCUACAAGACUCAUUUGCUUGGGAAACCAUUAAUCAUCAUUUCUCUUCCUGAAUUGAACAAGGCGGUCCUAACAGAUGAUAAAAAUUUCGCACUCGCUUAUCCAAGUCUGCCUGCAAUUGUCGGGAAGAGAUCGUUAGCUACCAUCCAUGGAACCGAGCACAAGCGUCUACGCAGGCUAACAACCGCUCCAAUUAAUGGCAACGAGGCGUUAUCCAUGUAUGUCGAGCUUAUUGAGGAUGUUGUGAUGGCUUCGUUCGACGAAUGGGCGAGCAUGAACAAACCUAUCGAGCUUCUGGUUGAAUUAAAGCGUGCAACAUUCAAGAUCGUAACAUACAUCUUCUUUGGAGGCCGAGGUUAUUCCAAUCUUGCACCAUUGACACAAUUGUUCAGUGAUCUCGCAGGAGGAAUCUUCACCAGGCCGAUUAAUCUCCCCGGCUUUGCUUAUAAUAAAGCUCUAAAGGCACGUAGAAGGAUGGUGGAGAUUGUUAAUGGUGCUAUUGAAGAGAGAAAAAUUGAAAACAAAAGUGGUGUGGACUUCUCCAAGGAAAAGAAAAGCAUGCUAGAUUUAUUGUUGGAAGUGGAAGAUGAAGAUGGUGAAAAAAUGGACAAUAUCACCAUCAUUGACUUACUAGGUUCAUUGGUGUUUGGAGGCCAUGAAUCCACCGCAGUUUCUACCAUGUGGUUGUUGAUAUACCUUCACGAUAAUCCCCAAAUCUUACAAAAAGUUAAGGAAGAACAAGAGCAUAUCAUAUCAAACAGACCAUCUACACAAAAAGGAUUGACGAUGGCAGAGAUUAAACAAAUGAGUUACACAGCAAAGGUUAUUCAAGAAGCACUUCGUAUGGCUAAUAUCGGAGUUGGAGCUUUUCGUGAUGCAAAGGCCGAUGUUGAGAUUAAUGGAUACACCAUUCCAAAAGGAUGGAAAGUUUUGUUAAUGUUCAGAGGCAUUCAUUUGGAUCCUGAAAUCUUUCCCAACCCCAAAACAUUUGAUCCUUCAAGAUGGGACAAUAAAAAUAUCAAAGCAGGAGCUUACACACCGUUUGGACUUGGUAGUAGGAUUUGUCCAGGAAAUGAGUUAGCCAAGCUUGAAGCUUUCAUCUUUCUUCAUUGUUUUCUCCUUCACUACAAGCUAGAGAGAAUCAAUCCAAAGUGUGAAGUUGUGUCAUUUCCAAUUCCACUGCCUAAAGACAACUUUCUAGUGAAACUCACCAAAGUGUCAUCAUAAUAAUUAAGCCGUGUGGAAAAUGUGCAGUUAUUCCCAUUUGUAUGAUCGGGUUACUUUCAAAAAUAAAGUGUGGGGAAUUAUGUCAUGUUGCUCUUCCUUUUUGAAAUAAAAUGAAUACUACUAUAGAUUUGGGUACCAA